CGGAAGUAAUGCGCGUCCAUUGUAGCUGUUAACAGGUGAUGUUGGUCAAAGCACAUCUGUUUUCUGCGUGUGAAAAAGCCGUUUUUCUGCCGUCCUAUUUCGCUUUUGAUAAACGAUAUCGAACGCUGUGGCGGUGUACAGUUCGUGCUUUUGUUUAGAGGGUAAAAUGGACAGAGAGUGUAUGAGAAAGGCAGAAAAGAGCCGUCCGGCUUCCUCGAUGCUGAAUAAUCUAAGUGCAGAAAGCUGCGGAGAUGAUUCUUCUAAAUGUGCGCCUGAUGCUGCCAGAGCCAGGUGGACCCUGCUGAGACAGGUGUUACGUCAGAACCAUGUGGAAAGUUCUGAAGCCAAACAGGUUUCUGUCCGCAGGUUCUCCACCUUUGACCUUUUCAGCAGGAAGUUACUUUUGCCGUCAGACUCUGAUACCGCUGAUGGCCAGUGGGUGGAGUACAGGAGUGUUUCCAGUCCAGAGUACAGUGCCUUGCUCAGGGAUAACCUGGGUCCACUCAGAGUUGAUGAAGUGCUCAACAGUUUUGACAAUACCGGAAAUGUCUGUGUGUGGCCGUCUGAAGAGGUCAUGGCUCAUUACUGUCUGCAGAAACGCCACAUGUUUAAAGGUGCUGUGUGUGAACUGGGAGGAGGAAUGACUUGUCUUGCUGGGCUCAUGGUUGCCAUUUGUGCUGAUGUGAAGGAAGUUCUACUAUCAGAUGGGAAUGAGAAGUCCAUUCAUAAUGUCCGAAAGUUGCUGGAGACAAAUCGUCAAGCUCAGUUGUUUGGCUCAACACGUGUAUCUGCCAGAGUGCUGAGAUGGGACUGUGAGAUGGAUAUUUCAGCACUAGAGGGACAUUUUGACAUCAUCAUGUGUGCAGACUGUUUGUUUCUCGACCAGUACAGAGGCAGCUUGGUUGAUGCUAUUAGGAGAUUACUACAACCCAACGGCAUGGCAUUGGUUUUUGCUCCACUUCGAGGAGAAACACUGGACAUGUUUUGUCAGAUUGCUCGCCAGGCCGGCCUUUAUGUCUCUCAACACCAGCAGUACGAUGCCCAGGUCUGGGAUGUGCACUUAAAGAUGCUGAGAGAGGGAAAAGAGGUGUACGAUGACAAUAUUCAUUAUCCUCGCCUCAACAUCUUGACCAAAGGGCCUCAAGCUGUCAACUUCUGUCAGUAAACAACAACAGCAGCAAGUGAGCUCUCAGCUCGAAGCAGUACCACUCCGUACACUUCAGGAUGUUUUGUAAUGGUGAAGUUGAGUCGUGGACAAUUUGAUACACAGUUGAUAGGAAUGAAGAAAGAGGAGGAGCAGCAUUAAGCAACUUUUCCAUCGGUUCAUUGCGGCAAAUGAUCACCGAGCUGAGCUGAGCCGUACUCUAACUGCAUGUAUUUUCACUGUGCCUUCACAGCAGGCAAUAACACAUAUCGACUUCUAAAACCAUGGCACUGUUUGAGGGUCAAACUCAAGUGACGGUCUCCACCUUCAACUAAGUGUCUUACAUCA